AUGUCAUCUCAAAAGUCGACUAAACUGAAUCAGGGGCCCUCGAAUGCUGCAGGACGAUCGCCAGGCAAGAAGGAUCAAGUCCAAAAUACGGCCAGUAUCGCACUGGAUGUAGUCGCAAACAUAGCAGAGGCCUCGGAUAUCCUCGCUCCUCUCAAAGCAGCCUGCAGAGCAACAAAGUCAAUCAUCGACGUCAAGCAGGCCAUCGACGAUAAUCAAGGAGACUGGAGUGACCUUGUACGCCGUCUGGAGGAAUACAUGUGGGCUGGUUGUCGACGGGCUUUUAGCCAACCACUCGUUCGUUAUGUCGAAGUUCUCGAGGAUAUUCAUUGCGCUAUCGUCAAUGAUAGGCAUACGCGACCCCGCACCAGCCACGGUGCUUUUACGGCCAUCGGAAAAGUAAAGGUCGACGCAGGGCUCAUUCGUAAAUUCAAUCGCGAUAUCGAGGACCGGCAUAGGCAGUUCAUGGAAGCGUUGGCCCUCUUCACGGGCUACCGAGUUCAUGCCAUCGAACACAAGGUAGAAGCAGUCUCCUCAGACGUCGACGCAUCCUUUAUAUUCCAACUCCCGAUGGUGGCAUCCGCCCCAUCCUCGGUCCACAGAACCUGUCUACAAGGAACGCGUCAGGCUGUCCUUCAGACAAUCCAGAAUUGGGCUGAGGACGAUACCUCAGACAAACCAAUAUUCUGGCUCUGCGACAUAGCCGGCUCUGGCAAGUCCACAGUUGCAAUGUCGGCAGCCGCAUCCUGGCAUGUCGAGGGAACACUAGGAGGCCAAUUCUUUUUCUCCAUAGCUAAUAGCGAUACAUCGACAAUAGAAAAGUUCUGCUCGACCAUGGCAAGAGACCUUGCCCAACACAUUCCCCAACUCGCACCCCACGUCGCAGAUGCCGUCAAACGGAACCCAUCUAUCAUGCGGGGUUCGUUAGAGGAACAAUUCCACACACUCAUCAUCGAUCCACUCCGUCAUCGAGACGGACGCGUAGUUCUUGUCAUCGACGCCAUAGACGAAUGCAAAUCUGGACCUCAGCGAAAGGAACUUGUGGACACGCUUGCUAAAGCCGUUCGACAAAGCAAGAACCUCAAGGUAUUCAUCACGAGUCGGCCAGACGCCGUCAUCGAAUCGGUUCUUCAACCACUCUCGAUCAAAUGUAAAUUGGAAGACCGGUUGCAUGAUGUCAAACAUCGUGACAAUGUAGAUGACAUCGCGACGUAUGUCCAUCAAUCACUCUACACUGUUCUACCCGAGGACAAGAGACGGCGGCUGAUUGAGAAGGCGAGGGGGUUGUUCAUCUGGGCGAGCACCGCAUGUCGAAUGAUCAACAACGAAACAACAUGGGACACGCCUGAGAACAUAUACGACUCAUUGGUCUUAUUGGACCAGAGUGGAGACAUUGACGACGUAUACAAGCUCAUCUUCGAGCGGAUAGAUCCCAAAUUCCAUACCAUCAUGUGGAGCAUGCUUGCACUACUGCUCGCUGCAUUCGAACCACUUACCUCCGAGGAUCUAGACAACAUUCUCAAGCAUAGUAGACUACGGGGACACUUCAGGGUGUUGAUUCGAGAACUUGGAAGUGUUCUUAUCGAAGAUGAAGCAACAAAAGUCAUUCAGUUUCGUCACCCUACUCUUGUGGAAUAUCUGCGACGGCGCUGUCUAGGCCCAGACCUCAAAGAGCCAAGUGGAAUGUAUAUCGACAUCGCCAAUGCACACGGUCAAAUUGCAUCGUGGGGUUUCAAUAAACUUCAAGCACCGAAGGAAGGCCUCAAGUUCAAUAUAUGUGAAAUCGAGUCGUCCUUCUAUCGAAACAGAGAGAUGCCGGAUCUAGAGGCAAGAAUAUCAAAGUUCAUCAGAAUGAACGUUCGAUAUGCGAGUUUACACUGGCCGUUUCAUAUGGCCGAAACGGAUAGCAAAUGGAGAAGCAAGCUCAAGAAUGAAGUUGAACAUAUGAUUCGAGUCCCAUAUGUACUACAUUGGAUGGAGGUUCUGAGCUUGAUUGGAGGACUGCCUCGAGCUAUAGAUGGGCUCCGAGCUGUGAUGCGCAAUAGUGUGAGUGGCUCGCCUCGGUAUAUUCGCAUUUUUAACAAAGGAAAGGUUGAAAAAGAUACUAAGGGUCGCAUAAAUGAAGUGAUGCGGUUUAUGAUGGCGUUUUCAGUACCUAUUCAAGAGAGUGCUCCACAUAUCUACAUCUCGGCGCUUCCGUUCACACCUACAGGAUCACAUAUGCAUAUGGAGGGGUUAUCAAUGUAUAGUAACACUCUCAAAGUGACUAAAGGGCUGGAAAAGUCAUACCGGGGACUGCCAGAAGCGCUUCGGGGACAUACAAAGGAUGUCAAUGCGAUUGCAUUUUCACCAGACGGCUCGCGAAUUGUUUCUGCCUCGGAUGAUAAUACGAUUCGACUAUGGGAUGCGGAGACUGGCCAGUCGUUGGGAGAACCACUCCGAGGCCACACAAGCUCGGUCAGCGCCGUCGCAUUCUCACCUGACGGCUCGCGAAUCGUCUCUGGCUCGGAAGAUAAGACGAUCCGACUAUGGAAUGCGGAGACGGGCCAGUCGUUGGGAGACCCACUCCGAGGCCACACAAACUGGGUCAGCGCCGUCGCAUUCUCACCAGACGGCUCGCGAAUCGUCUCUGGCUCGCACGAUCAUACGAUUCGACUAUGGGGAAUGCGGAGACAGGCCAGUCGCUGGGAGGCCCACUCCGAGGCCACUCAGAUUGGUGCCAAAUCGCAUUCUCACCAGACGGCUGGCCGAAUCGCCAGUCGUUGGGAGACCCACUCAGGCCACACAAACUGGGUCAGCGCCGUCGCAUUCUCACCAGACGGCUCGCGAAUCGUCUCUGGCUCGAAUGAUAAGACGAUUCGAUUCUAUGGAAUGCGGAGACGGGCCAGUCGUUGGGAGACCCACUCGAGGCCACACAGGUGGACGGCUCGCGAAUCGUCUCUGGCUCGGAUAGAUACGAUUCGACUAUGGAAUGCGGAGACAGGCCAGUCGUUGGGAGAGCCCCCGGGGCCACACUGGGUCAGCGCCUUCGCAUUCUCGCCUGACGGCUCGCGACGAAUCUCUGGCUCGCGCGAUCGCACUAUUCGACUCGGAAUGCGGAGAACUGGCAGGCCAGUCGUUGGGAGACCCACUCGAAGGCCACACAAGCUCGGUCAGCCGUCGCAUUCUCACCAGACGGCUCAUGAAUCGUCUCUGGCUCGCGCGAUCAUACGAUUCGACUAUGGAAUGCGGAGACGGGCCAGUC